AUGUUCUUCCAGAAACUUGCCUUGCUCUUCACCUGCAUCAUCGUACCCUCCAAUGCACAGAAGACCCCACCCGAACUCUGCGCCACGGGAGUCCAUGCUAUUCUCAUUCGGGGCCAGGGGCCGGGCGAUCACUUGAAUGUCAUGGUUUCCAUGCAGAACCUCGUUUUACAGCUCAUCCCCGGCUCCAGUAGUGUAGCUCUGCCGUAUCAUCAUGGUGGACCUGAUCAUCGAGUUGUCGCCGCCGAUGGUGCUCUCCUGAUGCAGCAGUAUAUCCGAGACUAUGUCGCCUCAUGCCCUCAAUCGAAGAUCUUUCUCAUGGGGUACUCCCUGGGCGGGAUUGUCAUGAUGGAUGGUCUCUGCGGAACUAGUUCCCUAUGGCUGGACCCCGUCUCUGCGAUUGAACCUCAGUAUAACCGCAGUGUGAUUGCGGCCGCUGCAUACGGCGAGGAGACCUUCAUUCCAGGAAUGAAAUGGAAUGCCGGCACUUGUCUUGAUGGAAUUGGCGUAUACCCGCGUCUCCAUCCGGAGUGGUGUGAUGCUUAUGCCGCGUCAAUUCGAGACUACUGUGACGAAGGCGACAGUUCCUGCUGCAUGAAGUACCCACCCUUUGACGAUGGAGCUCAUUUUACCUAUAUUUUCCGAUACAAUAUCGACCUUUUGCACUUUGUUCAGCGUCGACUGGUAGAAACGCCACUACCUUAA